CUGUUGAGUGAAAUGCUUUCUGCUUGCGCUCUCCAGUAAGUUACCCCAUUUUUGGGGAACAUGAAUUUUCUUGGAGACACACAGAACAGGUUCAUGUGAGCUCUGCAGGCGGCUGGGCUCUGUUCAGGUUAGGGCUCUUGCUUCUGGACUCAACACCCUCAGCCAAAGGUUGGUUCACAGAAACCAGCACGAAAGGCAGAAAUGAGACGCCAGCUCUGAGCAUCUGAGAAACAUGUGGUGAAUGAAAAGGAGGUGGCAGGUGACAGCUGUCCCCAGUGCAUUGUGAAUGGUGUGGGAUUGUUUUUAUAUGUGUCAUCAGAAUCAAAGUACCCUUGAAGGAGUAGUAAGCUCCUUGUAAGUGAUAGUUGUCUUUAUGAUGAGCGUUGCUUUGAAAGGCCAUGCUGGCGUUUAUUCAGUCACUGCCUGUUGGUGCUUGGGUCUCUGAGCACCUGAUUACCAAAGGAGGUAAGAAGGAGGGCCUAGGGCUGGAGUGUGAGAGCAAAAGGAAGCAGCAGGGUCAGGGCAGGGUCAGGGCACAGUCAGUGUAGGGGUUGUAUAGUUGGUGUUGUUCUGAGUGUGGCUCGACGCUGUGGGCGAUGAUGUUUAGGUGUGCAGAACAGAGGGCAGGGUGUUUGUCACAGGAGGCAAGAUUGCAAGGGUUGGGAGCAGAGUGGACUCAGAACCUGUGGCAGGGAGGAGGGGGGUCCAGCCUUGGCCGACUGGCCGGUCACUCAUUUUUGCAGGCCAGUAGACCUAGAGCCGAGUGACUCACUGUGGCAGCAGACCCACAGUCUGAUUUUCCACACCGUAGCUUUCCACCAGUGGUUUGCUGGACAAGGCCUUGAUCGUGUCAGGGUGUGAAUGCCCCAAGGCUUUGAGGGACAUGAAGACAGCAGGGCAAUGGGGCCAACAAGGUUUGAAGGACAGCAAGGCCCUGUCCAGCAGUUGUACAGGCAUGAGGUGGCCAUCAGUGCCAUUGUCCUGGAGCCGGGUGAUUGCCUCUGGAGCUAAGUGUGGGAAUGGUUCUGGUAGGUGAUUUGUUAGCUGAAUGAAAUGUGACUGGGGUUUGGCUGGGGAAGAGGACUCUGGUCUGCUGCGGCUCCUGCUGCUUAUGACAUCCCUGCCUUCAGCACACCUCAGAUUCCAGACACUUUGCAAUCUAUAUCUCAGGACAUAUAACCCACUUCUUCUCUCAGCUGAGACUUAACCCCUACUUCAGAGCUAAGACCUUGGGAGGUUGUGUCCAUCCUCCCAACCCACAUCCCCAGAUGCCUCCUUGUCUUAUAGGGACUAGCCUGCUCUUUUGUGAAACCCAGCUGUAUUCUCACACCCUUCAAAGGCUCUAAGGAACCCUGGUCGGCAGAAAUGAUGGUUAGCAGCUGCCCCCAGCCUUUAGGCUGUCUUGGAGAUGGAAAUACAGCAGGGAGGUUGUCACUGGGAAAUGAUGUUCCCCAGAUGUGAGAGACUAUUGGAAGAUGCAGUGGUCAUGCUGCUACCUUAGGUAGUCCAGGACUCCUGCCUUAGCCCAGCAGUCUUCUUCCUGGGCUCCCAGAGACCUCCCUGAGAAAAUGGGUGAGAGGGAAGCCCACCUGCUGGGUGAUCUGGGAGUAGAGGCUGCUGUGCUAGAGGAUGAGAGAGGAACUUGGCAUUGAAGAGCCAAAGUCGAUAGAAAAGGAAAAGGCGAUGGACCAGGCUGAGGUGGCUCUUCUGGCGUGGCAGGUGAUGUUCAAAGGCUGUAGGAAGAAUGGGCUCUAGUUGGCUUUGAGCAAAGCGUCUUGGAGAAGAUGACAAGUGCUAGAUCCUGUCUGACAGGGAGAGGGGCUUGCAGGCUGUGGGCCCACUGCAGUGUGUGGAGAACUGAUACAGAAGAGGGAACACAGUGAUCAGUGUCUUGGUCUGGUUGUGUCUCGUGCCCAGGUAAGGCCACCACCAGGGCGUUGUCUAGGACCCACCCUGCUUGCCUGUGGUAAGCUGCAGAAGCCGUCCACCAUCUUAAACCAUGCAGUAACUGUAGAGAUGUGAGUGUGGGGUGGAAGGCGCUGAGUGUCAGUGUCAGCGGGAAGCACUUGCUCCAGCCAGGAUUGGUACCAGCAGGGCUUUGUGGUGUGUGGGGUUAUAACUCACAUGGCUGCAGCCAGUGUGACUUCCCCCGGCUCCCUAGAACUGCUACAGCCUGGCUUCUCCAAGACCCUCCUAGGGACCAGGUUAGAAGCCAAGUACCUGUGCUCAGCCUGCAGAAACAUCCUGCGGAGGCCUUUCCAGGCCCAGUGUGGGCACCGCUACUGCUCCUUCUGCCUGACCAGCAUCCUCAGGUGUGCAUCUAUCCUCUCCAGCUCUGGGCCUCAGAACUGUGCUGCCUGUGUCCAUGAAGGCCUGUAUGAAGAAGGCGUUUCUAUUUUAGAGAGCAGUUCGGCCUUUCCAGAUAACGCUGCCCGCAGGGAGGUGGAGAGCCUGCCGGCUGUCUGUCCCAAUGAUGGAUGCACUUGGAAGGGGACCUUGAAAGACUACGAGAGCUGCCACGAAGGACUGUGCCCAUUCCUGCUGACUGAGUGUCCUGCGUGUAAAGGCCUGGUCCGCCUCAGCGAGAAGGAGCACCACACUGAGCAGGAGUGCCCCAAGAGGAGCCUGAGCUGCCCGCACUGCAGGGCACCCUGCAGCCACGUGGACCUGGAGGUACACUAUGAGGUCUGCCCCAAGUUUCCCUUAACCUGUGAUGGCUGUGGCAAGAAGAAGAUCUCUCGGGAGAAGUUUCAGGACCAUGUCAGAGCAUGCAGCAAGUGCCGGGUUCUCUGCAGAUUCCACACCGUUGGCUGUUCAGAGAUGGUGGAGACUGAGAACCUGCAGGAUCAUGAGCUGCAGCGGCUACGGGAACACCUAGCCCUACUGCUGAGCUCAUUCCUGGAGGCCCAAGCCUCUCCGGGAACCUUGAACCAGGUGGGGCCAGAGCUACUCCAGCGGUGCCAGAUUUUGGAGCAGAAGAUAGCCACCUUUGAGAACAUUGUCUGCGUCUUGAACCGUGAAGUGGAGAGGGUAGCUGUGACUGCAGAGGCUUGUAGCCGGCAGCACCGGCUAGACCAGGACAAGAUUGAGGCUCUGAGUAACAAGGUGCAACAGCUGGAGAGGAGCAUCGGCCUCAAGGACCUGGCCAUGGCUGACCUGGAGCAGAAGGUCUCUGAGUUGGAAGUAUCCACCUAUGAUGGGGUCUUCAUCUGGAAGAUCUCUGACUUCACCAGAAAGCGUCAGGAAGCAGUAGCUGGCCGGAUACCGGCUAUCUUCUCCCCAGCCUUCUAUACAAGCAGAUAUGGCUACAAGAUGUGUCUCCGGGUCUACUUGAAUGGCGACGGCACUGGGCGGGGAACACAUCUGUCUCUCUUCUUCGUGGUGAUGAAAGGCCCCAAUGAUGCUCUCUUGCAGUGGCCUUUUAAUCAGAAGGUAACAUUGAUGUUGCUGGACCAUAACAACAGGGAGCAUGUGAUCGACGCAUUCAGGCCUGAUGUAACCUCCUCCUCCUUCCAGAGGCCUGUCAGUGACAUGAACAUCGCCAGUGGCUGCCCCCUCUUCUGCCCUGUGUCCAAGAUGGAGGCCAAGAAUUCCUAUGUACGGGAUGAUGCUAUCUUCAUCAAAGCUAUUGUGGACCUAACAGGACUCUAGCCACCCCUACUAAGAAUAGCAGCUCGGUGAGGAGCUGUCACAUUAGGCCAGCCAGGCCCUGCCCCACACAGGUGGGCAGGCUUGGUGUAAAUGCUGGGGAGGGCCUCAGCCUAAAGCCAAUCACCAUCAUACAGAAAGGCAGGAAGGAGCCUCCAGUUGGUCUUCAGCUGGUAACUGAGUUGGACGGUCCACUGAGCUCAAGGGCCUGGUGGAAGCCACUGGGCAGCUUCUCAGCUUCCCAGUAGAAAAGCUCCUGCUGUCCUCUCUGUCGGGGGAAGGGAGAGACCCUUGGGCGGGUGCUCAGAAAGGGCCUCUCAAGAGAGAGCCUCAAGAGCUGCACCAGGAGCGAGAGUGACUGGCCUUCCCCACCCCAGCCUUUGGAAAAGAGGUAGGGGCUGCACAGGAGACGGCGUGCGCCUGCAGUGUAGCCCAAGAGAGAGGCUCUCAGAGACAUGGGCACUCCCUGGAGAAGGGCCUGCCUGGGCUGCACAGGGUGGCCUGUGUGGAGGAGAAGUGAUUAAACUGUUGAGAUGUCUGUGUUGAGAGGUGUUCAUCUGGCUCCUGCUGUGUCGUGUCUAGGUAGUGCUGAGCCUCUGGCUAUCACUCCUGCCUUAUUCAUUCUGGCCCCCUCUAUUCCUUAUAGCCUUCAAGCCCAGUGACCACUCCAUUGUGAGUCUGCCUGGGUAGAGAUGAAGGGCUGACCUUGACCUGGCCAGUGUACAGGCCUUUGUCUCAGGGUCCUUGCCUGGUUUGCACAAUAGGAAAUGUGGUGGGCAGCAUGGUGUGAGCUGUGAGCAUGCUGUGAUGGAGGUGGGCCCUGCUGAGCGGCAGCCCAGCAGCAAGCAUGCUGUAAUGGAGAAGGAGGAG